AUGGUGCUCUUGGAGGCCUUGCUUCUGGCACUCUUUUCCCAAAAAAGGUGCCAGACACAGAUUCUCAAAUGUAGUGUGCAGGAGCCCCAAUUGCCACUGCAUGCCUAUCAGUCAGGAGACAUCCUUAUCGGCAGCAUCAAUUUUCAUGGUUUCUUCAGAUCCAGAUCAAUAACCUUCAUUGAAGAACCCCCACCAGACUCACUCAAGGAACUCAUCAUGAUCCCAAAGAAUUACCAGCAUCUCCUGGCCUUGGCAUUUGCAGUAAAGGAGAUCAACGAGAGCCCUCACAUACUGCCCAAUUGCACUUUGGGCUUCCGUGUCUAUGACAGCUAUGACAGUGCAAGGAGAACCUGUCAGGCCACCCUGCAACUUCUGUCAGUUCAGGAGAGGUUGGCUCCCAACUAUUCAUGCAGCAUCCAUAAAAAUCUAAUAGCAGUCAUUGGGGCACUGGACUCCGAAGUCUCUCUCAAUAUGGCAAAUAUCUUGGAUAUAUACAAGAUUCCACAGCUCAUCUAUGGUGUGGCUCCAGUCAUGAAUGACAAGACCCCAGGACUUCCCUUCUAUCAGAUGGUUCCUCAUGAAACCUGGCAGUAUGAGGGGAUUCUCUCUUUGCUCCUGCAUUUCAACUGGAUGUGGAUUGGACUUGUUUCUAUAGAUAAUGACAAUGGAGAAAGAUUCUUGCACACUGUCUUUCCAAUGUUUUCCAAAAGAAGGGUCUGUUUUGCAUUCAUAGAAAAAAUCCCCCCACACACCUACAUCACUAAAAUUAAUGACAUUUUAGAAAAGGGGGCAAAAAUAUAUGAUAAACUAGUGGACAGCAAAGCCAAUGUAGUGGUGACCCAUGGAGAAUCAUAUUCCUUUGCAUUAUUUAGAUGGCUAUCAUAUAUAUCAGAAGUGAACAGGAGAAGCAAACUGAAAGGCAAAGUAUGGAUAAUCUCAGCCCACAUGGAGAUCAAUGCAUUUGUCUAUCAAAGGAAUUGGGAGACAGAAAUGUUCCAUGGUGCUCUGACAUUGAGGAUUCACUCCAGUGACCUACCAGGGUUCAAAUCAUUUGAAGAAAGCAGAAAUCCAGCAAGCACAAAAGGAGAUGAUUUUCUCAGAAUCUUUUGGCAACAAGCUUUUGGCUGCGUUUUCCCAAAUACAGUAGCAGAGGAAGAGGAAGAGGAGUUCUGCAAUGGGAAGGAAAGGCUUGAGAGCCUUCCUGGAUUUUUCUUUGAGAUGAGCAUGACCGGCCACAGCUACAGCAUCUACAAUGCAGUUUAUGUUGUGGCUCAUUCUAUGCAUGCCAUGUCCUCAUCUGAAGUCAAACACAGGGCAGUGCUGAAGAGGAAGGAACAGAAGUUCAGAAAUUAUAAGCAGCAGCAGCUCCAUCAGUUUCUCAGAGUUGUCUCAUUUAAUAACAGCGCUCACAACAAGGUUUCCUUCAAUGAGAAAGGGGAGGUGGUAGCUGGAUUUGAUGUUAUCAACUGGAAGUUUUUUGCCAAUGAAUCCUUUCUCCGUGUGAAAGUUGGAAUGAUCAAUCUUCAGGCUUCUACAGGCCCAACACUUGCCAUUGAUGUGGAGGCCAUCACAUGGCACCACUGGUUUAAUCAGACAAAACCACUUUCUGUAUGCACUGAGAGUUGCCGACCAGGCUCUAGCAAGAAAGUGAAAGAGGGGGAGCCAUAUUGCUGCUAUGAUUGCAUCCCAUGUCCAGCUGGGAAGAUUUCAAGCCAGGAAGACAUGAAUGAUUGCAAUUCAUGUUCAGAUAAAGAGUAUCCAAGCAAGAAUCAGGAUUUCUGUCUUCCGAAGACCACAACCUUCUUGUCCUAUGAAGAAGCUUUGGGGCUCACUUUAGCCCUUCUUGCUCAUGGUUUUGCUUUCAUCACAGCUCUGGUGCUGGGUAUCUUCAUUAGGAACCACAGGACUCCCAUAGUCAAAGCCAACAACCAGACACUCACCUACACUCUGCUCAGCUCCCUUCUGCUCUGCUUCCUCUGUACUUUGCUCUUCAUUGGUGAGCCUCAGGAUGUCACCUGUAUCCUCCAACAAGCUGCCUUCGCCAUCAUCUUCUCAGUGGCUGUUUCUUCUGUGCUGGCAAAAACCCUCUUGGUUGUUCUGGCUUUCAUGACUACUCAGCCAGGAUCCAGGAUGAGGAAAUGGUUGGGAAAGGAGGAGGCUGGUGUCUUUGUUCUUUCCUGCUCCCUCAUCCAAGCAGGCAUUUGCAGUUUGUGGCUGGGAACUUCACCGCCUUUCCCAGAUGUUGACAUGUUCUCCAUGGCUGAAGAACUCAUACUGGAAUGUAACGAGGGCUCUGUGACUAUGUUUUACUGUGCCUUGGGCUACAUGGGCCUUCUUGCAACCAUCAGUUUUAUGGUGGCCUUCCUGUCCAGGAAGCUGCCUGGCAAUUUCAAUGAAGCCAAGUUCAUCACUUUCAGCAUGCUGGUCUUCUGCAGUGUUUGGCUCUCUUUUGUUCCAACUUACCUGAGUACCAAGGGGAAAUCCAUGGUGGCUGUGGAGAUCUUCUCCAUCUUAGCUUCAAGUGCAGGAUUGCUGUGUUGCCUCUUUUUCCCCAAAUGCUACGUUAUUCUGCUGAGACCUGAUCUGAACAGCAGGGGACAGCUAAUUACCAGACAACACUGA